AUGACUUCUCCAUUUGUUUUGGUGAAGAUUCUAAAACUAUAUCAAAAGGAAUAUUAUGAUGAAUAUGUUUUACCUUUAUUACGUAAGCCAAAAAUAACAUUUGAUAUAAAACUUGAUGACUCGUUUUUGAUAACAGAUAUUAGACGCAAGGCUGAAAAUCAUCAGUAUAAAAACAGUUCUGAAGUAAUUGAGGAUUUAUCACGUGUAAUCCGUUUUGUAGAUUGUGGAAACAAAUACUUCAUUCAGAAAGAUUAUAAUAUCCACGACAAAAUGAAUCAAAUAUCAUUCGUUCUUCAAUCAAACAUGAAAGAGUCACUUAAAAUGAUUAAAUUAUUUAAAGAAGAAGGUAAAACAAUAACAGCAUGGGAUGUACUACUAAAUCAAUUGUCUUCAUUAACUGUUAAGGGUGUUUGCUUUAAAUCUGAUUCUCCAGAUGUUUUCUCAACGUUUCAGGGUUAUAAAUACAACAUUCUCGAAAAGCUUGAUUACUCAAAAAUUGAGAUGUUUAUGAAUUUCAUUAAAGAAGCCAUAUGUGAUAAUAAUGAUGAAGUGUAUAAAUACCUUCUCGGCUGGAUUGCAUCAAUGAUUCAACAUCCUGGAAUCAAGAAUGAAACAGCAAUUAUUUUGAAAGGACUUCAGGGAACAGGUAAAAACAGAUUCACGGACAUUAUUUCUGAACUUCUCGCUGGUUAUUCAUGUAAAAACAUUACUGAAAUAAGUGAGCUAACGGGUAAUUUCAAUUCAGUUGUUGAAAAUAAAAUGUUUCUUGUACUUAAUGAACUCAAGAAUGUAGGUGAAGACAGACUCGCAAACUUCAACGCUUUGAAAUCAAUUAUAACGGAUAAUGAGAUUAGAAUUAAUGAAAAGAAUCAACCCAGAAGAACUGCUCAGAAUUUUGCAAACUUCAUUUUCGUAACUAAUAACGUUUACCCUGUCAAAAUUGAAGUUGGAGACAGAAGAUACGUAGUUUUAAGGGUUAAUGGUAAAUUUAAGGGUCAAUUUGAUUACUUCAAGAAUUUAAUGGAUUCAUGCACAAAGGAAUUUUAUGAUAAUUUACUAACAUAUUUUAUGCAAUAUGACCUUUCAUCAUUUAAUGUACGAAUCAUACCGAUGACUGAAACCAAACAAGAUUUAAUUGAAUUAUCAACAAAUCCUUUAGAUGUAUGGAUAAAUACACAUUAUGAUGAAUUGUGUGCAGGUAUGACGUGUAAAAAUGCUCUAUUCUGCAAACCAUCAGACAUGAAAGACAAGAAUUUUCAAAUGAGUAUUAAGGAUAAAUGUGAUAAGAAACAGAGAAGAAUAGAUGGUAAACAAACAUGGUGUUAUGUUUUGAAAGAAGAAAUGAAAGGAUUAUAUAAACAGGUUGAACCAAACGAUAAUGAGGAUUCAUUUACUGACGAUGAAAUACCUGUAAAUGAAGCUUUAUAA